CCUCGGAGCCGCCGAAACCUCCCGAGGAGCCAGAAGAGGAGCGGCCCCGGCCCCGGCCGAUGCUGUCCCAGCUGGCGCCCCCCAAAAUCCCCGAGGGGGAGCGCGUGGACUUCGACGACAUCCACCGGAAGCGCAUGGAGAAGGACCUGCUGGAGCUGCAGACGCUCAUCGACGCGCACUUCGAGCAGCGGCGCCGCGAGGAGGAGGAGCUGCAGGGGCUCAUGGAGCGCAUCGAGCGGCGCCGGGCCGAGCGCAAGGAGCAGCUGCGGAGCCGAACCGAGAAGGAGCGCGAGCGGCAGGCGCGGCUGGCGGAGGAGAAGCUGCGCAAGGAGGAGGAGGAGGCCAAGAAGCGAGCGGAGGACGACGCCAAGAAAAAGAAAGUUCUGUCGGCCAUGCCCCAUUUCGGGGGGUACCUGGCCAAGGCCGAGCAGCGCCGGGGCCGGCGCCAGACGGGGCGCGAGAUGAAGCUGCGGAUCCUGGCGGAGCGACGGCGCCCGCUGGACAUCGAGGGGCUGCGCGAGGACGGGCUCAGGGCCAAGGCCGAGGAGCUGCACGCCUGGAUCCAGCAGCUCGACUCGAGUCCGAAGUUCGACCUGAGCGAGAAACUGCGGCGGCAGCGCUACGAGAUCAACGUGCUGUACAACCGGAUCAGCCACGCCCAGAAAUUCAAGAAGGUCGCCAAGGGCCGCGUGGGCGGGCGCUGGAAGUGA